AUGGGAUGCAGUUGUGGCGAAUCUGUUGACUCGCGCGGUAAUAUGAUCAUCGUCUGCGUUAGACAUGACCAUCGUUUGCAUAAACAAAGUCGGAAGUUUUUGUUAAAGCCUACCCGGGUUGGUGGUGCUGAUGUUGCAGCCGCAACUCUUGGCGCUGGGGCAUGUUCAAUAUUGCCAGUUUUUUUCGGUGGUACAACUCCAGGAGUGAUUAUUUCAAAAACUGCCAAUAAUGAUACAAUAAUUCGUGGUUACAUGGGAAAUAUUUUCAAUGCUUUUGCUAAAAAACACAAUGCUAAAUUGAACACAUCAAAUAUCAACACUUCAAUUUUACCCUACUACAUUCGAAAAAGUGUUGUUAAUGGAACUUUUGAGAUAUCUGGUGCUUUUCCAAUAUUUAUUCAACAACCAACUAUAAAUUAUUCAUACCCAUUUUUAUUCUAUGAUUGGUGUGUAAUGCUACCAAUCGAACCAAACAUUCCUAUUUAUAAAGUGUUUACCUUGGUUUUCCAUUGGGAAGCUUUUGUUCCAACAAUUGUAAUAUUGAUUUCGCUCUCUGCAUCACUUGCGGCAGCUUUUAAAUUCUCAGGAUCAUCACAUCGAAAUAUCAUCAUGAUGAAAUGUGAUUACUUGUUAAACAUCGAUUGUUUUCGAGGCAUGCUUGGACAGUCAAUUUCUGAAUCACCAAAUGCCUCUUUUAGCAUGAAACUAAUUUAUUCGUUGAUCUUUUUACUUGGAAUCAUGAUUGUAACUUCGUACAAUGCAUUUAUUCAAUCGUUUAUCACAGAACCUCCAAGAGAACCUAUGAUCAGCUCAUUUGAAGAUCUAAAAUCAUCUGGCUUGAAAGUUUAUGUACUUAAAACCGAAUUUGAUAAUUUGUUAAAAAGAAUCACUUAA